ACACAAAUUUGUUGCAUUGUAAUCGGAAGGAAACAAGUGGGAUCGGAGACCCACUGAACUCAACCUACCGUAAAAACCAAAAUCUUGCCGGCAUAAGCAGCCGGAGUUUGUCGUCGGUCGGUCGCCAGAAACAGUACGAAGCCCGUCCAGAUGGUUUCUGCAGAAAUGUUUUUGGAAAACGGACAUGAAAUGUAAUUUCAAAGGAAUAGUUACUCUUUACAAAAAUACAAAGGAAGCAAAAACUAUAGGAAUCAAAAUGGAAUUAGCAGACAGAGCAGUUGGAUUUCUAUUGUCCUUUAUUAGCUUAUCGAUAUUCACCUAUUAUACAUUCUGGGUUAUCAUCUUGCCAUUCGUAGAUGGUGAUCAUUUCGUACACAAGUAUUUCUUACCCCAAGAAUAUGCCAUUUUAAUACCAGUUUCUGCUGGUGUGGCUCUUCUUUGCCUCUUGUGCAUAUUUAUCGGGUUUGUGAUGCUCAAAUCCAAGAAGAAGAAGGCAUAAUGUAUGUUGUCUUUUCGUUGCACAAUUCUUUUUGAUGUUUUGAAACAGCAAUGUGUCUUACAUACCAGAAAAGGGAAUUAUAACUUUGUAUGUCAUACUGUCUGGAAUUGGCAACUUAAAUUUCUGAAAAUUUUAAUGUAAUACAUAAUUUUCUUUAGUUUGUUAGAGAUGAAGGUAGUAGUUGUUGUGUCUGAAAAAUUGUUUGUGGUAGCUUCCACGGUGAUAUACAUUUGAACAUGUUGGUGCCGGUUGCACAACUAUCACAUUGUCAUUAAA